UCCCUUGUUUCCAGCCUUCUUCUCCAUCCCUCCACCUCCUCUCUCACUGUCUGCACUGUAUGCACGCACAGGGGCAGGGAAAAGUGCAGGGCAGGGGACAGCGGAAAGAAAAAAAAUCAACAAAAAAACAGAAGCAGCUUCUGGGUUUUCUUUCAAACGCAUUCCGGCUGCAUCCUUACCAGAGAACAGGCACCCCCGGCUCAUAAAAACCUGCGUUGCGUGUGCACACACACACACACACUCACACACGCAGUCGAGGAGAACCAACUCACAGAAGCGUCUUCUCCUGUAGCACCUGGCAACACUUGAUCGCAGAAGGUGGACGAUAGAAAGAGAGGUGUGCUUGAAGAUCACCUGGGAGCAGGUGGAGGAGAACCUGUCACGGCUAAGUGACUCCCAAGUGGGGCAACUUGACCUGAUGUCAAACGAGGAGUGCCGUUCGCCCAUCGGCCUGGACUGCUGCAGCUGCUGUCUGGAUCUGGCCAAUGGCUGCCAGCCUGAGCCGGGUCGAGAGGGUCACACCAGCCUGGGUAGCCCUACAUCAGUCAACCACUUCAGACAGCUCCGAGACCAGCUUCACUUUCAGAACCUAAACAAAGAUAAGCUCAACAACAUCAUGAGACAGGACUCACUGGAGUCGGUGGUCCGGGACCCCUGUUACCUGCUCAACGAGGGCAUCUGCAACAGCAACAUUGACCAAACCAUGCUGUCCAUACUGCUGUUCUUCCACAGGCAGGUUUCCAUGCAUGUGCAGCAGUUAAGCUGGCAGGACGCAAGGGUUCCAGAGGUGGGACGACCGCUGACAAGACUAGUGGCAUCACGCCGGCACGGCAGUGUGGAGAGAGGGGCAGGAAGGAGCUUUUCCAGACUGCUGACCAAACCUUAUCCGCUGACGGCAACCGGUUGGUGGGGACGGUGUGGCCCUUCCUUCCCCCUCUGAUGGGAAACAUGGAGCACGAACGGGAAACACCCACGGGCAGGUCGAGCCACCCAGGUAAAGCCACGGAUAAACCACACUGAUGACAUUUUAUGUCUCAACAGGUCUCUGAGCUGCAUUCCGGCUGUCAAAAGGAGGCCGUGGAACAUUUAACAGGCAAUUAAACAGUUACUCAUGUUAUUUAUGAUCUGACUUUGCUCUGGGCACUACACAAACUUCAGUAUGAGCAUGUGUGACAAGUACAAAUUGGAGUCUUAGAAACAGAUAGGUGAUAAAUAGCUACAGUUGAAGCUUCUCUUGGUACAGUAUGUUACAGUGUCUCUGCAGAUAAUAUCUUCACAAUAGAAUGCAUACAACUUAUAUUAAUAUGUAUAUUAUCCCAAGUUUCCUCAGAUCAGAACAGUGUUUUCUAUGCAUUAUAAUUUGUGGAUGUCAUGUUUAUGCAUUUUAAAUUAGUUACACAAUUACUGGCCACUUGUAAAGGUGUUACGUAAUCAGAGGAUCUUUGGAUUUACUGUUUUAUGCCGUUCUGUAGACAUGUAUUACUAUGAUCAACAAAAAUAAAUUCACUCGACCUUUUAGGUGGCACAAAACCCAAAGCACGCACUUAACACAGACCGAAUCCGGCGCACACAUAUUUAUAAACUUCCGAGACUUGCAUUUCUGGCAAAAAAUGAAUUGGAAGUGUUCCUCCCAAUCAAUCCAUUCUUUGUAUUGUGGGGGUUGUGGGAAUUCUUGCCUUUUGCAUGACUCAAGGCCGCUGUCCUCAGAGUUGGACAUCUUCUAGAACAUUCCAGACAAGCCUAGAAGUUUACUGCUCUCCGAUUUCUGUCUGUGGUUUGGCAUAGCUGUUCGUAAAUUACUAUCGGAAGUCUGCACGCUUGUUUUGCUUUGAGAGAGAGUUCAAGGAACGUUUUGUACCCAAUUAAAAUGUAAAUACUAAAAGAUGUAACAUUUUGGCUUCUGCCUCUUUUAUGGGAGGUCUUGUUUUGUUUUCAAAUAAUAGAGGUGGAAUGCCCUGACACUGUGGAAACCUCUUAUUAAAGUGUCUUAUGUAACACACCCUAAAUAUAACACAUACAUUUACACCCUAAAUUGAACAUUUUAAUGUAAAUGAAAUGCCCAUAAUUGGAUAAAAUGUAAGUGAUUAACAAUAAUAAAUAAAUACAUUUAAUUAA